CAUGGCAGCCUCCACGAAAUGAAAAAUCUGCACGUUUUUCUUUGAAAUAUCGAAUAAAAACAACUGUUUAAGGACUGUUAAUCGUUGAAAUGAGUUUCAGGGUAUACCAGGAUCGUACUAAAGUUGAUGACACUGUCAUUUUGUAUCUAAAAUACCACUAUAUGAUGCCCCUUAAAUUGCAAGCCGGUGGAGUUCAUCAAACUUGUUAUGGGGCUCUGAGACAUGAUGAUGUCAUUGGGAAAAGAUUUGGUAGUAAAAUUCCUUGCAGUAAAGGCUAUCUGUAUGUGUUGCAUCCAACUGCUGAGCUGUGGACAGUGAAUCUGCCUCAUCGUACUCAGAUCUUGUAUACUCCUGAUAUAAGUAUGGUGCUGUUCCAGUUAGACCUGCAGCCAGGGUCAGUGGUGGUCGAAUCUGGUACUGGUAGUGGUUCUCUGUCCCACGCUAUCAUCCGGACAAUUGCCCCAAAGGGACACCUAUACACAUUUGAUUUCCAUGAGCAGCGAGUUGAAAAGAUCAAGCAGGAAUUCAAAGAGCAUGAUGUGGGAGACCUGGCGACAGUUCGACAGCGGGAUGUCUGCAGCGACGGAUUUGACCUGGAGGACGUUGCAGAUGCAGUGUUUCUUGAUCUUCCGAAGCCAUGGCUUGCAAUUCCAUCUGCCAAGAAAAGUAUGAAACCUAGUGGGGGAAGAAUCUGUUGUUUCUCACCGUGUAUAGAGCAAGUACAAAAUACCUGUGAAGAAUUGAAUAAUAAUGGAUUCACAGAUCUCUCUACGAUGGAGUGCCUGCUGCGUGUUUUUGAUCCGCGGGCUAUCAAUCUCCCGAUUGCUGACAUUGGUGACAAAGGUUCCGCGGAUACCAACAGCCAGGAUAAAAAAAUGCAGAAAGUGAAGGAAACAGAUGACAAAAUGGAGAAAAAAGACAGUAAAAAUGCCAGGGGUAAAAAUGAUUUUAGGGAUAGGCCUGGUAGAGACUUUGGACCUUGCUAUUCGUUCACUACAGCUGCACCCCCAGAGAAAAUGCCUGGACACACAGGGUAUCUGACAUUUGCCUCUUUGCCUCCAGUAUGAACAUUUUGACAAGGGUCAUGACCGAUGUAUGGUCAUCCCCAGCAAAAUCACUGCCAGUAAAAAGAAGUCCUCACUAAAGCCCACCGCAGACAAGCAAUGUUUAGUGCAGCAACAUUUGUCAUGGUUGUCCAAUAUCCAUGUCGGCCAAGGUGCCUGAGACAGGGAUUGGUCAUUGCUCCUUGGCAUACAUGUAGGGCAUCACCUACAUCAAGAAUGAGUAAAGAGUGGUCUUCAUUGAUUCUUCACUACAUGUUUAUUCAAUUUCAAUUCAUGUUAUCAUAUGAUUUCUGUCAUUAAAGGGUUAAUUUGUA